AGCUUCCGAUUGCAUGACAUCGCAACUGCUGAUUUACAUUGAGUGCACACUUAAAUAAAUCUUACUAUAUUUUAUCAGAAAUCGCAAAUGGCGCUAGUGUCGCCCAAGAGCUAUCAACAACGCAGCGCUACGCGCACUAUUUGAAUACUUGCUUGUGCUUCGUGCUUGCAUUCUGAUCCAGAAGCCUGUACAAUGUAGAGAAAAUACGUCCAUAGUUUAUUAUGCAUCAUUUAGAAAUAUAUUGACUAUGGCGAGUAAACAAAUUUGUGGUCCACAACCCAAACCAGAGAGUAUUAACUGCUUAAAGGAAAUUGAUUGCAAGCAAGGUGCCAUUCGAGCAGUGAGAUUCAAUGUUGAUGGCUCUUAUUGCCUUACUGCUGGUGCAGAUAAAUCUGUGAAAUUAUGGAAUCCUUACCGAUCUCUUUUACUUAAGUCAUAUGCAGGACAUGGGCAAGAUGUAUUGGAUGUUCACAGCUCUUGUGAUAAUAGCCAGAUGGUUUCAGCUGGGGCUGACCGCAGCAUUCUCUUAUGGGAUGUGAGCACUGGAAAAAUUUUGCGACGAUGGAGAGGCCACGCUGCAGCUGCUACAGCAGUUCGUUUCUGUGAAACUGGAGCUUGUGCUGUCUCUGGUGGGCGAGACAAUGCAGUGCGUGUGUGGGAUACGAGAGCAUAUGGUCUGAAACCGAUGCAAGAAAUAAAUCAGGCGACUGAUGCAAUCACCAGUGUUAGAGUUUACGAAUAUGAGAUUCUAACAGCAUCAGUUGAUUGCAAAGUCCGCUUGUAUGAUGUACGUGUUGGAAAACUUACAUCUGAUUUUGUUGGAGCCCCAAUUACUUGUGCAAAUCUUACAAAUGAUGGGCAAGGUCUUCUGAUGAGCCGAAGUGAUGAUCUUGUUCUCCUUUUGUGUAAGGAUUCUGGCGAACUAUUAGCAGAGUAUUCAGGCCAUAAAUCUGGAGACUGUGUUUUAGAAAGUUGUGUUGAUGCAAAUGACUCUCGUGUUAUAUCAGGAUCUGCUUGUGGAAACAUCUGGAUAUGGAGCAUGGUGGAGGACCCUGAGAAAAAACCUAUAAAAUUACUUCAUAACUCGGCUUAUGCUGUAUGUUCUGUUGCUGCUCAUCCUACACAAAUUGGAAUUCUCCUUUCAGCCAGUGGUCGCACGAUAAAACUGUGGGGAGAUGGUUCAAAACAGGAAGAUGAUUUGUAAUGCAAAAAGUUUUGAUAUUUCCAUAUUGAGAUAGCUGAUGAACAGUUCAAGUUUUAAAGCAAUGUAGGCACUGGCGGUAGGAUGCACAAUUAGAAUUAUCUUCCAGGCUGGACGGCCAUAGUCUAGUAGAAAUCAUAUUUCCAGAAGUUUUGUCUACAUCUGCGGUGGACAUCAGUGGCGGAGUAGUCGUGGACAUCCUCCUCAGCAACUUGCAGGUGACUCGACUCAAGUAUUGCAGACAAUACAUCUUGAACAAUGAUUUCCACUACACCAUGGCUGUCCGGCCUGGAAUAGAAUUCUAAUAGUUCAACUGUUUACAAAUAUUACUAAAAGUUGUCAAAAUAUUGCAGUUUCUGAUAUAAUUUUUGCAUUGUAUUAAAAAUUUAGAGCAUCAGUUAUAAGACUAUUUUAUUUAUAUGUAUAAUGACAUUUUAUUAAAAUACAAAACACUAUCAGUAACCCGUCAAAAUGAUGGGAUGAAAUAAUUCUCAUACUAACACUCAUAUAACCUUUGACAAAUUAGGGUUCUUAAAAAACACACUUAGUUGAAAGUUUGACCUCUGCUACACAAAAUCACAAGACCCGUGAAUC